AUGGCUGUUGGGCAAGUGGUGUACUUAUCACCUUCCUGGACCCUGCAGCAGCAGCAGCAACAGCGGCAGCAGCAGCGGCGGCGGCGGCGGCAGCGGCAGCAGCAGCAGCAGCAGCAGCAGCAGCAGGCCGAUGGUGCACGCGGAGCACGGCAGCAGCAGGGCUGGCAGCAGCAAGAGCGCUGGCAGCCCUUCCACGCGGAGCACGCGCCGCUAACGCGCGCGCACAUGGUGCACUACGUGGACGUGCACCUGCCGUGGUCGCACUCCCUCCGCGCCUGCUGCCUCCCCCGCAUGCUCCGCCCCGCCCCGUCCAUCACCUUCCGCAUCUCAAGCCUCGCCUCGCUGCGCAAGCACCUGCAGCAGCCCGUGCCGCCCGCCAUGCCGCCCUUCCGCUUCGGCCAUAAGCCCCCGCGCGCCAUCACCGCCUACUCCGCCACCGUCCCGCUCUCCGCCCCUCCUCCCCGCCCUCCAAGCGGUGCCACUGCUGGCGUUGGCGCCUCUACUGCAGCUGCUGCUGCCAGUGCUGCUGCUGAAGAGCGCACAGCAGCACCUUCCUUGGCAGACCAGUAUCGGUGGAAGGUGGACGCGGCGCCUGUGGUGGCAGCAGAGGGGAUGAUGCUCGAAUGGCUGGCAGAGCCACGUGUCGGCCUGCUACUGGACCUCCAGAAUCUCAGGCGCCAGCUGGCAGAUCAUCUGAGCAUGCAUGAUAUAGCUGCUGCGCGUGCGGCAGCCAGGGCGAGAGGCACCGCUGGGGCCAGAGGCACUGCUGGGGCUAGAGGCACGAGGGCGGCAGGUAGCCCUCGCCUGUGGUGGUGCUGCUGGCUGUGCAGUGACUGUUUUACGCGCUACCGCCGUGCCGUGUCCAUGGCUGCUUUCAUCGUGCUUGUCGCCAAGUUCCCCCGCUUCGUCACUCUCUGGCGGUCGCACGUCCAGUCUGGUUCUGUGAUCUUUCCCCACCUGGCGUUUCAGUUUGGUGCGGGGCGGCAGGCGCAGGAUGACUGUGUGGCGUCGCUGCUGCUGCAGGUGCUGGGAGUGAAGGGCAAGCAGCAGCUGGAGACCGGCUUUGCUGCCCACCUGCUGCCGCUGCUGCCGGGGGGGAGGCACGCGCAUGGGCAGGCGGGAGAGGAAGGGGAAAGUCGGGGGGGGGAGGUGGGAGAGGGGGAGGAGUGGAAGGACGGGUUGAGGGGGGUGGAGUGGGAGGAGUAUGUGGAACGCGUGGGGGAGAUUGCCGCCCAGGGAGGGCUGCCCAUGUUCGCCAACAAUGCUGCUCUCGUCUUCUCCGACUGUGCUGCCCACCGCCACAAGGAGAGCGUGGAAGACGCUGCCGUGGAGGGAGCAGUGAACAGGCUGGCAGCGGCGGAGAGAAGCACAGAGGGCAGUGGAGUGCAGGGUCGGGGGAAGCGAGCAGUGGAACCAGAGGCUCCAACAGUGUCUCCUGCUGCUACUGCUGCUGGGUCUACAGCACUGCAGAUGCUACGCCCGCAAGGGUUUGCCACCGCGCUCCCGCAUCCACUUCACGACCUACCGAACCUGCUGCAGAGGUUCGGCGUGCCCAAGCUUCCGGCCGCCACAGGCGAGGAAGGUCUGGCAAGGGCGGUUUGGCAGGACUUUCCGGAAGGGGACAGGGCGACAGUGGCAGAGGUAGAGAAGGAUCCCGGAUUCUUGGGACUCAACACUUUCCACGUGGGGGCAUUUUGCGGUGGCAUGGGGUUGGACGAGGAGGAGAUGCAUACGGAGUACAACGUAGGGCGGCCGAACCUGCCCCGCCGGGGCGCCGCGUCCACCUCCCAUCGCAGCCCUGGUGUCGGGAGCACUCUGCGGGACACCUCGAACGGUCACUUCUUCCCCACGCUGGGCCACCGCGUGGAGGAGUUUCUGAGAAGGUUCGCCCCCAAGAAGCUGGCAAGGGAGGGCAGGAAGGGCCCUCUAACGGAGGUGGAGGCGUUUAUAAAGCUGAUCGCGGACACCAUUUCUCCCGUGCCUGCCUGCAGCCGCUGCUACCGCUGCUUCUGCCAAUACUACCGGGCUGUGAAGCACACAGCGAUCGCCGCGUCCUUCGCCUACCGCCCCUCAUCCGCGCUGCUGCACUGCCUCCUCUCGCUCUCCCCGGCCCGCUCCGCGACCUUCGAAUCCCUCUUGGAGAAGCUACACGUGCCUCCUGUCCCUGCGGUGGUCCCGGACUCACUGGUGGCGCCGCUGCUGGAAGGCGUGGCAGAGGAGAAGCGCCUGAGGCUGCUCUUCGUGGGCAUGCUGCACAUGAGCAAGGAGAACGCCAUUCCAAAAAUUCUGGAACCUGUCGACACCGAUGGGGAAGGGGGGGGGCAGCAGCAGCAGGGGGAGGAGGAGUGGAGGAUGUGGGAGGAGGUGGACAGCUGGUGCAUUGCGGCUGGGAGAGCGUGGCCUGCUGUGGAGGCCCACGACUCGCCGCUGCAGAUGGGAGGAGGGAAAGGAGUGGGGCGUGUGGGGAGAGAGGAGUCAGAGGAUUGCUGUGAGGGCAUGAGGCGUGCGAUCAUGGAAGAUGAAGCUCUCAGGGCUGCCGGGAAGGAUGCUGGGAAGGAGAAGGGGAGGGCAGGGGCGUCGUACCUGGAGCCGUGGCCGGGGGGGGUGAAUCCUCUGGCGUGUUUGAGGGAGAUGCUGCUGGGGGAGACCAGCUACUGCCCCCAGGGGAAGGUGGACGCCCUUGCCGCUGCUGACGCUGCUGGUGCUGCUACAGCUGAGGGACACGGUGACAAGGGAGGGCGGCGUGGGUGUGCGUCGGCACAGUGUGGCAAGGUGGAAGGGGCGGGGGUGCAGCUGAAGCUAUGCUCGCGGUGUGGCAAGGCUGCCUACUGCAGCAGGGAGUGCCAGAGGGCCCACUGGCCCUCGCACAAGCUCACAUGCCAGCCCAAGGGUAAGGAAAAGGUCGAGGAAUAA